AAAAAAAAGACACGUCAAUGGGAGAACAACAGGUCAAGCAGCGUAAUGCGAACAAGAGCAAGAAUGGUUCCUCAGAGAAUGUUCAAGAGAGAUCUCAUUUUGAAAAGGCAAAAACAUCAACUCGAGGAAAACAGGCCGGCUUGCAGCAAUCUAUUGUCCAGGGAGCUCUUCUGUUUAUUCUGUUCUUCUUCUUGUCGUCCUACCUAGUCACAGACACAUGGUUAUGGGGAUAUAAUGGAAAAUAUUCUAAUUGGCGUCAAUGGGUCCCUCGGAGGCAAAUUGUCCUUACACAGAAGAAGUUAGCACAGUAUGAUGGGACAGAUCCGACAAAGCCAAUUUACUUGGCUGUCAAAGGGGAGGUUUUUGAUGUGACUGCAGGUCGUCCAUUCUAUGCCAGAGGUGGAGGAUAUGGUUUCUUCUCUGGACGAGAUGCAUCGCGUGCAUAUGCAACGGGUUGUUUCCAAACACAUCUCACACAUGACCUUAGAGGACUCACCCCUCAACAGCUUGCGGAUGUUGAUGGCUGGGCCAAAUUCUAUCAUAACCAUGCAAAGUAUUUCAAGAUUGGUACAGUGAUACUGGACCCUAUUGAUCCAGACUCCCCGUUGCCUGAGGAUUGUCACAAGCCGGUUGAACAAAAACCUGCAUCGACUUGAGGAGUCAUCACUGUAGUUUGUAC